AUGGCAAAGGAAAAUGUCGACAGCCUGGCCCCGAGUCCUUGCUCGGAUACCAACGACGACGAGGUUUUCUCACCGGCUAGGCAAAAGCGAAUCAUUCGUCGAAUAGACGUACGACUCAUCGGAGUGCUAGCAGUCAUCUAUGUUAUCUCGCUCGUGGACCGCGUUAACAUCUCCAGCGCCGCCAUUGCCGGCCUCAACAAGGACCUACAGCUGCAAGUCGGCACUCGCUACUCCCUCAUCAUCAGCACCUUCUUCGCCGCCUACACCGUCUUCCAGCCGCUCGGCAGCGUGCUCACCAGGAAGCUCGGCCCGCGGAUCUUCCUCAGCACCAUCACCCUGCUGUGGGGUAUCGUCAUGAUUGGCACCGGCUUCGUCAACACGUGGGAGAGCCUCGCUGGCCUGCGCGUCUUGAUCGGUGUGUUUGAAGCUGGCUUGUUUCCCGGAGCCGUGUACCUCCUCAGCACCUGGUACACCCGAUUCGACAUGCAGAAGCGAUACACUGCCUUUUAUGGCCUGGCCUGCGUGGCUGGUGCCCUAGGCGGCAUCCUUGCUUUUGGCCUGUCCAAGAUGAACAAGACGGCGAAUCUGGCCGGCUGGCGAUGGAUCUUUAUCAUCGAGGGCAUCAUUUCCUGCGUCGGUGCUGUCAUCUCAUUUGCUCUCCUUGUCGGGUUCCCCGAGGAGGCUCACAAGGCAUGGAGAUUCCUCACCGUGGAAGAGCGCGACUUCAUCAUCCGUCGCGUCAACCGGGAUCGAGGGGACGCCAUCACCGAGCCCUUCUCCCUCGGCAAGUUCCUCCAACCCGCGCUCGACAUCAAGAUCUGGGUGUACGCCAUCAUAUUUUUCUGUGUCACCACCGUGGGCUACUCCAUCAACUAUUUUCUGCCCAUCAUUCUUGUCGGCAUGGGCUUCUCCGUCGCCGCAUCGCAGUGUCUCAUUGUGCCGCCGUGGAUCUUCACCGGCAUCGUCAUGUACAUCCAAGCCUGGAUUGGCGACCGCUACCGCAUCCGCGGUCCCAUCAUUGCAUUCAAUGCUGUCCUCUCCUUGAUUGGGCUUGUUCUGAUGGGAUUCGACCACUCCAACCCUGUCCGCUACUUUGGCGUAUUCAUCAUCGUGGCAGGCGCCAGUGGAAACACGCCUCCGGUCCUGACCUACCAGGCCAAUAACAUCCGCGGCCACUGGAAGCGCGCGUUUUGCAGUGCUACCUUGGUUGGCUUCGGUGGUAUUGGCGGCAUUGCCGGCGCGCUCGUCUUCAGAAGCCAGGAUAGUCCAGGUUAUUUGCCGGGCAUCUAUGCCUCAAUUGCCUGCAACAUUAUCAUUCUGAUAUGCGUGGCUGGCCUGUCUCUGUGGUUCCGAUACGCGAACAACAAGGCCAGAACCGGUCAGAAGAUCCUGGAAGGCCUGGAAGGCUUUACGUACACGCUCUAG